ACAAAACCUAUUGCAAUUUUGUAGAUCAGCAUUGUCAUUCAGUAGAAAACAUUGUAGCUCGCCAACUUAGAUAGAUCAAAAAUGGUUUCGAAGAACUCGGCAUCAGCGGUGAAGAAAUCCAAAGUAAGCGAUCGUUCAGCGAACACAACCGCUGAAAUCACACCCCUCGAGUCCGAGAAGAAGAGGAAGGAUUCACACAUUCAAAAGAAAGACAAGGCUCUAGCUGUCGCCAAUCACAUAACAAAGCCUAAUGGAGUCGAAAAGACGGUUACAGUGUCCGAAAAUACUGUCAAUAAGUCUGAAAAAGCUAGCAGCUUGCAUCAAACGAAGGCUCUUGCUGGAGUGUUGAGUAGAUUCCCCAUUGUCUUCACGAAAGACUCAAAAUAUUUCUUUUGCUGUGUUUCCAAUACCAUCAAAAUUUAUAAUGUCACCUCUGGUGAAGUAGUGAAGACGCUAUCGACAUCCGCUCUUCAAGGCGGUCACCGAGACACCGUCACAGCUUUGUGUCUGAACCCAAAGAAUCCGUUGCAACUGUACUCUGCUAGUUUGGACGGGACAAUCAAACUUUGGGACUAUAAUGACAACAUUCUUUUGAAGACACAUCAAGUCAACCUACCCAUCGAAAACAUGGUCAUUUCACCACAGCACCCAGAAAACGCUUAUAUCGUCACCAGAAGAUCUGGAUCCAAUCCUGAAACCAAAGGAAAAACUGCCGUAUACCGAUAUGCCUUCCAAAAGAGCAACCAGCCUGAUGGCCUUACUCGCAUCACCAAGUCAAAGGAUAGCUCUGUCAUCGCCGUUUCGGCUGAUGGCCGCUUCCUAGCAACUGCUUCUCGCUACAGAAUUUCUAUCUGGGAAAUCACUAAUGAUAAAGAAGUGAGCAAGGAAGAUGUGCGAACGUAUACAUCUCCUGAACUAGUGACUUGUUUAGCAUUCAGCCCCACAGAACCAUGUCUAGCCAUUGGUGACGAGGCAGGAAAAAUCACGUUGUAUUAUUGCUUCACUCCUGAAACCGAGAAAACUCCUGUAACUGCAUUAAUGCAUUGGCACCAUCGUCCUCUCAACACAUUAUCUUUCACAGCUGAUGGCGUGUACUUGCUGUCUGGUGGUGAGGAGCCUGUAUUGGUCAUGUGGCAAUUGGAGACGGGCCACAAGCAGUUCCUACCCAGAGUCGGUGGUGAGAUCAAGUCUAUCACCAUCUCGCCAAAUCAAUCACUGUAUGCACUUAGCGAAGCAGACAACUCUAUCCGGAUCAUCAACGCAGUAUCUCAGCAAAUUGUUCGCAUAAUUCAAGGUUUGCAGUAUGCUCAAGUUGCAUCCAAUACCUAUCCACUUUACACUGGUCUUGUCAUCGAGCCUCGAAAUCAUCACGUCGUUAUGAACGGUGUUCCCGGCAACAUCCAGUUCUAUAACCCAUACUUGGACUCACAUGUGUUAGAUUUGGAAGUUGCGCCGAUUACCAGAAUAUCUCGCCCAGAUGAAAAUGAGCUCAUUUUCUCUCUUGUGAGACAUGUUGCUUUCAUGGACGACGGCUCGUGGAUGGCUACAAUUGAUUCACGCGACGAUAAUGUCACUACACCAGAGCUCUAUCUCAAGUUUUGGGCCUGGGAUCCUGAUGCGCAAUCGUAUAUUUUGAAGACUAGAGUAGACUACCCACACUCUGCAGAUAUUACAUCCUUAUCCUUCAGACAUGGCUCUGAUUCUGAUGUAUUGAUGGCUAUCACAGCGUCCGCGGACAAAACAUUCAAAAUCUGGCAUUUGACGAAUGAUCUUGGGCGUCAUCAUGCAAGCAGUGAAGCAUCCUGGGCUUGUCGAUCAGUUGGCUUUUAUCGAGAUAAUACACCAACCGUCACUUCCUUCUCACAAGAUGGAAGUAUGCUUGCUGUUGCCUUUGGUCAGGUUUUGACUAUUUGGGAUCCAAUUGCAAAUAACAUCCAAGGUACCUUAGCCCUUCCCCCACAGCAAUGUCAUAUUCAACGAUUAGCAUUCCUGGGCAGUACACCGUUCAUCGCUGUUGUCACAAAGUCUCACUUGUAUGUCUGGAACUUGCUCACUUGUACAGUGUGGUGGAGUUACAAUAUGUCGAUUGAUCAUCUCGCAGUAGAUCAACAAACUGGUGUAUUCGCUGUGGUCUGCAAUGCUCAGGACAGCAAGGAGUCGCGAUUCAUUGUCUUUGAGCCUACUUCUCCCGUUCCAAAGUUCGUGCAUACAGCUUCUGAAAUAUGCAAGGCGAUUGCAUGGAUACCUGUGGAGAACCAUGAAGUCAGCAAUUCUUUAUUGUCCUCCAACAUCGUGUACUUAAACCAAAACUGCGAUCUGCAAGUAUUGCACGCAUCUGGUGAUGACUUGGAAGUGGAGCAAGAGCUUGAAGGCGCCAAAUUGCUCAAGGGUAAUACGGAACGAUCGUUCUUUGCUGACAUUUUCGGCAAGUCUAACAAGUCUGCGGAAGACCGUCGAUGGGAUCAACAACGGGUUGAAACAGCUGAAGCUCUGCGACAAGAAGCAGCAAGUGCUCCAAGAAGCCGUGCUACAGCAAGAACUAAGCAAGGAUCGGAGUCUACCUUUUUGGAUGCGCCAAGCCAUGUUAUACAAAGUGUGGAUAGCAUUUUUGAGCUCUUCAUGGAUUCUAUUAUGCCCAAGCGACCCGAUGCUGAAGAUCGAGAUGCGGAAAUGGACGAAACCGAUGAGGUAGAAACUGCUUCCCACACGGAAUCGGAGGCUGGAACAACUUUCGAUAUGAUGGCAGCCGCUGUGCCGUUGUCCGUUCAAGAGGCCGAUCAAGACAUUGAACUUGUCCCCGUGUUCGACUCUUUGAAUGAAUUUUUCACCAAGACUGCAGGUUUAGUUGAACAUUAAUGGAAAGGUCAACGGCGCAGUUCAAGUUGAAGAGGAAUCAUCAUCUGAUGAGGAUAGUGAAGAGGAUACAGCAGACAUAGAAUGGUAAAUCGUAAAGCAUCUCCACACACCAUGUACAUUCACACUUAGAUCCUGUAGUUAUAUGUCGGG